CUCACUGGGUCAACUCACUGGCUGUCAACGUGUAAAAAAAUAUAACCUAAAAUAACUUUUCUACAGAACAGAGCGGCCUGAUGCCAAAAAUAUUAAGAUAGUAUUAAUUAUUUCAAAAAGAAGUGCUUUAAAAGACCACUUUUCAUAUAUUUAAUAAACUUUUACCAGAAACCAUCAUGUCCGAGUCAGAACAGAGGAUAUUGGAGGAAAGAACCAGCGAGGCAGAGAAAGAAGUUAAGGCCAUCGAAGAUGAGUUGGACAGGAUUUCCAAAGGAGACCUCAGCUUUACGGGAGACGCACAGUUGGAGAAGUUGCUUUCUGAAAAUGAAAAACUCAAACAUCGAUUAGCUAUCCUGGAAAAUGCUGUCAAAGAAGAAGGUUCAAAAGGAAAAGCCAAAUCAAACACACAAGCCGAAAGUUCUGAUGAAAUCGUAAAGAAAGUUGCUAAAAAACGUCCUACACUAAUAACUGACAUCAGCUCAGUAGAAGGAAAUAUAUGUAUAUUAGAUGAACUCAAAAAUGUAUUUGAGGCUGCUAUAACAUCUGCUUACCCUGAUCUUGAGGACCCACCAGUAGUCAUAACCCUCUCCGGAAACAAUCCUAAGUUUGGAGACUACCAAUGUAAUUCUGCCUUGGCCAUUUCUCAACUCCUCAAAGCUAAAAGUGUCAAAACCAACCCAAGGGAAGUGGCCAACAACAUUUUAAAUAAGACUCCAACAUCACCCAUUAUUGAAAAGAUUGAAGUUGCUGGAGCAGGUUUCCUCAACAUUUUUAUAAAUAAGAAAUUAGCUGAACACAUUCUGAACUGUAUCCUACGUUUUGGCAUCAAACCUCCACCAGUGAAGAAAGAGAGAGUGAUUGUUGACUUCUCAUCUCCAAACAUUGCAAAGGAAAUGCAUGUGGGUCAUUUACGGUCUACUAUUAUUGGUGAUAGCAUUUGUAGGAUUCUUGAGUUUUUGAAUCAUGAUGUCCUGAGGAUAAAUCAUCUGGGUGACUGGGGCACCCAAUUUGGAAUGCUAAUUGCACAUUUGCAAGAUGAGUUCCCUGAUUUCAAAACACAUUCUCCACCCAUAUCAGAUUUACAAGCAUUUUACAAAGAAUCAAAAAAGCUAUUUGAUACUAAUGAAGAGUUCAAGAAGAGAGCUUAUGCAUGUGUAGUGCAACUACAGUCAGGCAAACCCGACUAUAUUGCAGCGUGGAAACUCAUCUGUGAAGUGUCUCGCCGAGAAUUUCAGAAGAUUUAUGACCGUCUUGAUAUAAAAAUUAUUGACCGUGGAGAAUCCUUCUAUCACAGCAGGAUGCAUAUUAUAGUUAAGGAGUUAAAAGAUAAAGGAUAUUUAGAGGAAGACGAGGGAAGACUGAUCAUGUGGGGAGACCCCGUAAAACGUGAUGGUAUUCCACUGACAGUUGUAAAAUCGGAUGGUGGCUACACCUAUGAUACUUCCGAUAUGGCCACUAUAAAGCAAAAGGUAGAAGAAGAAAAGGGGGAUAGGUUUAUUUAUGUGACUGAUGCAGGACAGAACACACACUUUGUGACCAUUGAGGCAUGUGCAAGGCGUGCUGGUAUUCUCAAAAAGGAUCAAAAAAUUGAAAAUGUUGUAUUUGGAGUGGUGCUUGGUGAAGACAAAAAGAAAUUUAAAACUAGGUCUGGAGACACCAUUAAACUCAUUGCUUUGCUAGAUGAAGGCCUAAAGAGGUCCUUAGACAAGCUGAUUGAGAAGGGCCGUGAUAAAGUCCUAAGUCCCGAGGAACUGAAGCAGGCACAGGAAGCUGUGGCUUAUGGCUGCAUCAAGUAUGCAGAUUUGUCACAUAACAGGGUCAAUGAUUAUGUUUUCUCUUUUGAUAAAAUGUUAGAUGAUAAAGGUAACACUGCGGUAUAUUUGUUAUAUGCUUUGACACGAAUCAGGUCCAUUGCCAGGACUGCCCAGAUCUCUCUUGAUACUUUGCUAGAAGAGGCCCAGAAAUCUGAUUUCACAUUAUCUCAUGAAGCAGAAUGGAAACUUGCCAAGGUGCUGUUGCGAUUCCCAGAGGUCAUCCUGAAAGUAUCUAAAGACUUGUACUUACACAGUUUGUGUGAAUAUUUAUAUGAAAUUUCAUCAGCAUUUACUGAGUUUUAUGAUAGAUGCUAUUGUAUUGAGAAAGAUAAGGAAGGGAAAAUUGUCAAAGUUUUCUACAAUAGGUUGAUGUUAUGUGAAGUCACUGCCAGAGUCAUGGAAAAGAGCUUUGAUAUUUUAGGCAUCAAAACAGUGUCCAAAAUGUAAGAAGUUUGAUAACUAACCACUUUUUUAAUGUAACAAUUAUCACAUUAUUUAAAAUAGUAUUAAACUGUGUGUUACUUAUCCAAGUACUAAAAAACAGGAAGUUAUAAUAAUUAAAAAGUAAGUUUUA